CUCACGGCGCUUUGUUGUUCUUCGGGAUAGAAGGACGGAGAAAAAAUUAUUUAAAUUCGUCGCAAACAGUCCGGAUUAAGCGAAUAUAGCACUGCAUUUGGUUUGGUUUAAUCAGAAGCCCACAACGUACGGAAUUCAACUGCUGCCGUCUGGUAACAAGCGGCGUAUUUUUGUGACCAAAUCAACUCCGCAAAGAGCUAGCUAGCUACUCCGGGAGGGUGUCCUGAUCGGAGCGGAAGGAAUCGCAGGCACUGGGAAGAAGAGCAGAAAUCUCUGCUGGGAUGGCUCACGCAAGUUGGAAAAAACUAUAUUUUGCGAUUCCACCAGGAGUCAUGACGCUAUAGACCUGGAGUAUGAGUUCAUUUGACUAAUAUCAGUUUGCAGGAACAGUUUGACGGCUUUUUUACUGUUAAGUUAACGUGCCAGUUUUGCGAGUUAGCUAGCCACGUAGCUACCUCUCAGUGGGAAGACAUUUAAAAUGGCGGAAGGUUGGCCCAUUCCUUCGGCUCUUGUCUUCAUGCUGCUGAGUUUGAGUGCCAGGGCCAGUGAGUCUUGUCCGGCUCCUUGUUCGUGUUCUAAAGGACAGGAUGAGGUUCAUAUUCUGGACUGCAAUAGAAGAAAGCUGUCGGUGGCUCCUCUGGACCCCCCAGAUGGGAUAACCCAAGUUAACAUGAAUCACAAUGAGCUGACUGUUCUUCCCUUCCUUGGGGAUGUUUCUUCAAACAUCACCUCGAUGUCACUAGUCCACAAUCGGAUCUCCGAGCUAUUGAUGCAUCAGCUGCAGCCCUACAUUUCCCUGGAGACAUUGGACCUUACAUCCAACUCCAUCUCUGAGCUGAAAGUCGGAUCCUUCCCAUCUAUGCAGCUGAAGUACCUGAAUUUGAGUAACAACAAGAUCAGCGUCCUCGAGCCUGGCUGCUUUGAAAACAUCUCCAGCUCCCUGCUGGUGCUGAGACUGAACAGGAACAGAUUAGCGAUGCUGCCAUCCAAAGUCUUCAAACUUCCUCAGCUUCAGUUCCUUGAAAUGAAGCGCAACAAGAUCAAGAUCGUGGACAGUCUGACGUUUAAAGGGAUGGACUCACUGAAGUCACUGAAGAUGCAGAGGAAUGGCAUCACUAAGCUCAUGGAUGGAGCCUUUUUUGGACUAAACAAUAUUGAAGAAUUAGAGCUGGAGCACAACAACCUAACCGAGGUUAACAAAGGUUGGUUGUAUGGCCUGCGCAUGCUGCGUAUCCUGCGGGUCAGCCAAAAUGCUGUUGGCAUCAUUCGACCAGACGCCUGGGAGUUUUGCCAAAAGCUGGAGGAACUAGAUUUGUCCUUCAAUCACCUGACUAGACUGGAGGAGACAGCGUUCAUAGGAUUAGGUCUCCUAGAGAGCCUAAACCUGGGAGAAAACUCCAUCAGCCAUUUGGGAGAGGGAGUUUUCAGUGGCUUGGCAAGUCUACGAACCCUAGAUAUCCGCAAUAAUGAAAUCUCCUGGGCCAUCGAGGACUCCAUAGGUGUAUUUGAUGGAAUGAAGAAGCUGAACACACUAAUCCUGCAGCGAAACAAAAUCAAAUCAAUCACUAAAAAAGCAUUUGAUGGCCUGGAGGAGCUGGAGCACCUGGACCUCAGCAAGAAUGGCAUCAUGUCGAUACACCCUGAGGCGUUGUCCCACAUGAAGCUCAAAGUAUUUGUCCUGAACACGAGUAGCCUGCUGUGUGACUGUCAUAUGCAAUGGUUGGGUCCUUGGCUGACAGACAGCCAAUUCCAGCAGUCUGUCUCUGCUAGCUGUGCCCAUCCUGCCAAUCUCCUUGGUCGCAAUGUUCUCUCCAUCAGCCCGGAAGAGUUUGUUUGUGAUGAUUUCCCAAAGCCUCAGAUCACAACACAUCCAGAGACGUCUGUGGCUCUGCGGGGAAACAAUGUGACGCUCAGCUGCAUCGCGUCCAGCAGCAGUGAUUCACCAAUGACCACAGCGUGGCGAAAGGACGGAGAGGUGCUGUAUGAUGCAGAAGUGCAAAACUACGCCCGGUAUCAGGAGGGAGAGCUGAUCUAUACCACUGUGCUUCAUCUCCUCAAUGUCAACUUCACUGAUGAGGGCCGUUACCAGUGUGUAGUCUCCAAUCACUUUGGCUCCAACUACUCCAACAGGGCCAAGCUUACAGUUAAUGAGCUGCCUUCCUUUCUUAAGACUCCCAUGGAUCUCACAAUCCGGACUGGGACCAUGGCCAGACUGGAGUGUGCUGCUGAAGGCCAUCCAUCACCACAGAUUGCUUGGCAAAAGGAUGGAGGCACUGACUUCCCUGCUGCCCGGGAGCGCAGGAUGCAUGUGAUGCCGGAUGAUGACAUUUUUUUCAUUGCUAACGUGAAGACAGAAGACAUGGGAGUGUACAGCUGCACAGCUCAGAAUGCAGCUGGCAGCCUGUCGGCAAAUGCUACACUGACUGUCCUGGAAACUCCAUCCUUCAUGCGACCACUUGAAGACAGAACAGUGGCCCGUGGUGAAACUGCUGUGCUUCAGUGUAUAGCUGGAGGCAGCCCUGCUCCACGUCUUAACUGGACUAAAGACGACGGGCCUUUGGUACUAACUGAGCGCCACUUUUUUGCUGCAGCCAACCAACUCCUCAUCAUAGUUGAUGCUGGUCCCGCUGAUGCUGGGAAAUACACCUGCAUCAUGUCUAAUACUCUGGGUACUGAGCGUGGCCACAUCUACCUGAGCGUUUCACCGUCACCAAACUGUGAUACCGGCACAGGGUACGACCAGGAUGGCUGGACUACUGUGGGCAUCGUGGUGAUUGUGGUGGUGUGCUGUGUGGUUGGAACCUCGCUGGUCUGGGUCAUUGUCAUCUAUCACAUGCGUAGGAAAAGUGAGGACUACAGUAUCACCAACACAGAUGAGAUGAAUCUGCCAGCAGAUAUCCCCAGUUACCUGUCCUCUCAGGGUACAUUGUCAGAGCCUCAGGAAGGCUAUAGUAAUUCUGAGGCUGGCAGUCACCAACAGCUCAUGCCUCCUCUCUCCAAUGGAUACGUUCAUAAGGGCACAGAUGGUGUGUGUUAUGGAGACACGGGCAGUGAGGUGGAAACCGAAGGGAAUGGCAUGCUGCACUGCAGGGUUGGCUCUCUGUUCACUGGCCGUAGCAGCUUCCACCCUGGUGAGCCUCGUGAGGGAGUCACUGGAGUUUCCACAGGGAGUGCAGGUCCACUGGUCAUCUGCUCUGACUGCUACGACAAUGCCAACAUCUACUCUCGCACGCGGGAAUAUUGCCCUUAUGCCUAUCUGGGAGAUGAUGAUCCACUGGACAAGGCUCUACCAGGCCUGAAGGAGAGCCUCAGUGAGCAUGCCCAGCAGAAGGACACGGCACUGGAGAGCCUCAUUAGCAACCAGGACUCUUCGGUCUUUCUCACCUCACACGACAAAAGGCUCAGCAGCCACACUCCCCCGGAGCACUAUAAUGAUUCCCUUUGCAGGUCUUUCUGGAGAGAAGGGGAAGAUGCAGCCUCAAAAUCCCAAUCAGGAGAACCCCAGUUCUCAGUGACUGUUCACAGGACAGCUCCUCUGACUUCUGCUGCAGAUGUGGCAACGGAAAAGAGUGAAACAGAGGUGGACUGUUUCCCCAGCCAGUGCACCCAGGACCACAGCUGUGCAUCUAAUAGGACUAACCUUCAGGAGCACCCUGCUCCCACAUAGGUCUUUACACUCCAACCACUUCUGCCUCUGACUCGUUGUUGCUGCAUCCCCCCCAUUCCCACUGUCACCUCCUUCACCCACUACCUCCAAAGAGACUCCUCACAUUCUGCCAAAGAUGCUCUCUUGUAUGUUUACAUUCCCCUUUCACUCAAGAGGACAUGGUAACAUUCUCCACUGGGGUAAGACUGCUGUGCAGACUGGCUAAAUGGACCGGUGAUUAAAGUGACCUCCUCCUUGACACCUCCACCUCUGGAGGACCUCUAUCUCCCACAUCCUCCACUCUUCUUUGUUCUCAUACUCGAGAAAACUAUGAAUGUAUGCUUUAAAGAGCCAUGUCAGUUGCUGCCAUGAGAGAACACCAAGACACGGUUGAAUCUUCACAAGCUCUCUGCUCUGUCCCCACUGCUGUGGGACUGAAGUAUUGUGCCAGUUGACGUCAUGCUGGCGGUUUCGUGUCAUCGUUGCUGGUACAGACACCCAGUGGAGCAGCCUACAGGACUUGAGAGAAAAUCACUUAGCACCUCUUUCCAAGUGGGGAGGAAAGGGGGGUUAAACAGGGGACAGUUGUAGUUCCCUGACCAGCAGUUUUUGGUUGAUAUUAGAAACACCCUUGAAGGCAUAACCUCCCUCAUUCCUAUAGACAUCCUGACUUGACUCAAAACUAUGCUAUGGUAUCCUGUUAUGCAAAUCCCAGAGACAGUGACACCAAAAUGUGGUGUAUGUUAUGAAUAUAUAUGAAUAUAUCCUGUAUUAUCUUUAUCUGAUCUUGUUUUUGCCCUAUAUCAAACGCAGUUGUUAAUUCCAUAAUUUUAUGUCUUCAUAGUGAUCAGUUUGGGGAGAAAGCGUAGUUGUUUUGCACAUGAGACAAUCACAGUUUUGCUGGCUACUUUAUGAUGGUUGUCUAACGGAUGGCCUUUUUGAACAAGCAUUCUCAGCAACCUUGAUCAGGUGACAUUAUUUUUAUACAGUAUGCACUGAUUUUGUUCCCUUUUAUCAUAUGUUACAGGCACUUAUUUAAUGGUGGCAAGUUUUAUUAUGCAGUGUGCAUGCCGUUUUACAUCAUGAGGAUUUAUUGUCACAGUUUUUUCUCAAAAAGUACACGAUCCUUCCGCAAAUAUAAUUAAUUAAGCCUAGGUUUUCACUUGGGACUGUGAAAAAUGAGAAUGUAUUUUAUUAUUUUCUACAUGUAUGUAUGUGUACAUAAUGCUAGUUAUCUAUUAAAUUCCAUGUCCUACUUGUCAAUUUGAAGAGAGGUUUGAGACUGCAGUAAGUUUAAAAACAUUAAGCUUAUUUGUUUUAAGCCUCCAUUGUCCCUUUGUGAUCCACAAUUUUUUACAUGUUGGUUCAGGUAAAAAGAUUUCCAUUUUCACAAUAAUUGGGUGUUAUUUCCUUCGAAAACAGUCAUCAAACAGCAGCUGGCUUCAGCAAACAGCUCUGUUUCCAAAUGUCAGCUAUAUCACUGCUUUGAGGUUUAAAAUUGAUAAUGCCUCUCAUGUUGCAUGGACCUGUUUGAUCCUCUCGAGUAUUGCACUUCAGAGUUGCUCAAAUGUGAUUGGCUUUGUUUGUGACACUUGUACUGCAUCUGCUCAGUACAUUUAGAAAAUCACCCUUAGCUGCCAGUAUAUUAGAUACAGCUACUUAAAUGGAUGCAGCCAGUGAAGCCAGUCUGCUAAUAGCUAAUCCUGCUAUGUUCGGCUGUUGUUUAAACAGCUUUGGAGAGGUGGAUUAAACUUUAUUGUCAUUGUGGAGGAUGUAGUUACACUGACAUAAGUUUCCAUUAUUUUUUUUUCCUCCCAAUUUAUAUCACUCUGUGCAGAAACAGCGCUCUGUAUAAUGCAGAACAUUUCAGCAGCACCUCACACUGCCUUCUCCAUAAUGAUUAUACGGGUGAAUCAACACAGCUUCAACAAAAACUGAACAUUAUAACCCUCAUUAAUUUCAGCUAAGUCUGCCUAAUAAACUGGUACCUGAGCGUAUAUCAUUGUCAGUUUUGUAGCUAUAAUGUGUGACAACAGAUUGCCUUCCAUAUUCUGAAAGUUUGUUUUUGUUAUUGUCAUUUCUUUCACGGUGACGAUCAUUACUGCUACAUUCUGUUCUCGAAUUGCUGACCAAGAAAGAUUUCACAUGUUGUAAUGGUACAGACUGUUCAAGGGUACCGAGUUCAGCCUCAAGAAAAAAAUUGAUAAUGCUGAAAAGUUAAUCUGCAGUCGGUUUGUGUGAUGCAGCUUGAUGUAAUGUUUUCCAUGCAGUGUCGCUAAGGGUAACACGGCCAGCCAAGUUAUUGUUACUGUGUUAUCAGUAAUUACUCAAAACUGCAUUAGGUAACAAAUGGUAUCCAUACAGCUGCACCUCCUGUACGUUGUUCCUGCGCUCUCUCUUGGUUCAAAUUUGUUUUCAUAUGUAGAUGCCAGUGUUUGCCCCUUCAUUUCCAAAUCAGCACAUUCCACACCUAUUCCUGUGAAACUGAUAUCAGCCUCUAAGGUGAUCAGUACUGUUUUCUAAGACAACACUAAAGCCUAAGCAUAACUUUGCUGGUUCUUGCCUGACGUGCUCCAUAUUUCAUUCGUAGCAGAUCCUUGUUGUUUCUUGAUGUUUUCUGACUGUUUGCCAAAGUCAAUUUCAUGCCCUUCUUGAACGACACAAAAAUUUAAAUGAAAACUUGCAGUGAUAAGUCAUUCUAAUGCCGCUUCAUGUCCGGGGGGCAUACAUUGAUUCAGUGUUCAAUACUUUUUUUUUUUACCCACACAGCCUAGCAUAAUGUGUAUUUGUUUCGUUUUAUUGUCUGAAGCGUCCUUUAUGACUUUAUACCAAAGUUUAGCAGUCACUGCUCUGGCAAUAUCCAAUGCUGCUUUUUUUUUGUAUUGUUGAAGUUCUGCUUUUUUUUUUUUUUUAAUUUUCAAUUGUAUUUUGGACCUUGUUUACCUGUACAUUCUGUAAAGCAUGUCUAAAGAGCCUUUUUGUUACAUAGUCAUUACUCGAACAUUAAACGUGAAUUCCGAUCAUU